AUGGCGACACAUUUACAGCGUUCAGCUGCCAAAUUUACAGUUACAGAUGAAGUAGUGGACGAUAUUUCUGACAGACAAGCCGAAGUAUCCAAGCCCACAAAUUUUGUUGCAGAUGCAGCGAAAAAAACAGGUGUAUCUGGACCACCUGUGGCUGCUCCUGUCGCGACUGAUUCAAAACGAGCUCCGCCGAUCGCGACGCCUGCUCCAGCCAAGGAUGCUAAGAAAGGAUUGGUGACUGCAGCUCCUGUCAAACCAGUAGAACCGCCGAAAAAAAAUGGCCUCAUUGUGAAAAAACUAAGCGAAGUCCAGGCUGUUUCUGAUAUAGAAGAGACUGUGCACCAAACCAUCAUUCCCAAGGCUGUUACAAAAAAGAGAGCUGGAUCACAUCCUUCUUGGAAAGUCGAAAGAAGGCUAAAAGAAGAUGCCUACAUUGCAGAAUUUCGCUCAGUGAUUCGAUCAGUGGUAUUGGACUCGAUAGAUCGACUUUGUGGACUGUUUGAUGAAGUGACUGCAUCAGGCUUAUAG